GGGCACGAUGGCUGCGGACACUGCCUUGCUGUUGUCUCUCGUGGAGGAAUAUGUCUCGGGACUGCAGGACAGCAAGGCCAAAGAUACAGCAAAAGGUGUCAAAGAUGGAGAGUUUACAGUACUGCAGCUAGUGGAAGCACUGGGACUGAGUCUGACCAGCUCUCAGCCUCACACACGAGCCAGAGGCGUCCAGCUUCUCUCUGAAGUCUUACAAGAGUGCCAUGGAGUUCUUACAGAGAGAGAAGUGGAAGUGCUCAUUGCCUUCUAUGAAAACCGGCUAAAGGACCAUUAUGUCAUCACACCGCCUGUUCUACAGGGACUCAGAGCGCUGACAAAAUGUACAGCUUUGCCUCCUGGCUCAGCUGUGUCCAUGCUGAGGUCUUUGUUCCAGGAUGUUCACGUUCAGUCUUUGAUGCUGGCGGAGAGAGCUUGUGUCUACAACAUGCUCAUCAACCUCAUGGAGACCAGGGAAGCUGAACUGAAGGGUCUGGGUGCGGACUUUGUGUUUGGUUUUGUCCAGUCAAUGGACGGAGAGAGGGAUCCGCGCAACCUCCUUUUAGCCUUCCAGAUCGCUAAGAACAUCAUCCAUCGACGUUAUGAUCUAGGUAAAUUCACAGAGGAGCUGUUCGAAGUGACAUCCUGCUAUUUCCCCAUCGACUUCAGCCCACCUCCCAAUGACCCCCACGGCAUCACCAGAGACGAGCUCAUCCUGACACUGAGGGACGUCCUUGCUGGCACACCACAGUUUGCUGAGUUUCUGUUACCUCUCAUCAUCGAGAAGCUGGACUCAGAUGUUCAGAGUGCGAAGCUGGACUCGCUGCAGACUCUGACUGCCUGUGUGUCACAAUAUGAACAUAAGGACUUGGCAGAGUUCCUCGAGGGACUGUGGGCAUCACUGCGCAGAGAGGUGUUUCAGACAUCUAGCGAGAAGAUUGAGUCUGCUGGCCUCGCUGCACUCACCGCACUCACUUCCUGCCUGUCUCGCUCAGUCCUCAACUCUGACUCUGAAGACUUUCUCUGCAUCUUCCUGGAUCUUGUACUCAAAGACUGCAAACAUCACUUGUGUGAACCAGACCUGAAGCUUGUGUGGCCCAGCGCCAAACUGCUCCAGGCCGCCUGCAGCGCCUCCAACAGGGCGAGCCACAUCAUAACAGCCGCUGUCAUGCCCUCUCUCAUCGAGCAGUACACCAACAGAGCACAGUGUUCCCACAGACGAACAUUACUAGAGGUGGUGCAGCGAUUCAUCCUGUCAGUAAAAACUUGCCAGGCCCCAGAGAACGAAGAGAGUGUGUUUGUAGCCUUCCGUCCGUCCCUGUGCAGCAUGGUGUUUUCUGCGGUGACAGAGACUAAUGCCAGCCUGCAGAUCACAGCCACCUCUGUGCUCACCUCACUGGCACAGCAAACAGGUCUGCUGUUGGACUCUGAUAUCGAGCUGGCCGUAGAUCACCUGAUCAGACUGUUGCUGACGGAGGAUGACGACAGAGUCAGUCUUGCUGUGGUGGAGUGUGCUGGAGCCUUAGCAGAGUUGCACCCUGCAGCUUUUAUCACAAAACUGAUCCCGAGACUAAAGAAGGAGAUGUUUUCUGAGCCCAUGGAUCAAGACAACAACAGAGAAGCCUCUGAGCAGCAGUCCCAUCAUGCAUUGCGCCAGCGUUGUUUGUCUGCCCUAGCUGCGGUGUCCAUUCAGCCCAGUGUCGUUCAGGAGAGCACACCUGUCCUCUUGGAGGUCCUGAGCUCAGCACACACAGGGAGUGUUGGUUUCUCAGUGGAGGAGGUGGUGUUGACGUGUCGCAGUCUCCAGAGAAUAGCAGAGCAGAUUCAGGACACCGAGGAGACGGGACGGUGCUUCCAUGACAUCAUCAUCCCGCGCCUGCUGUCUCUGGCUCUGCAGGCAGGGCUGCAAGGUGAGGGGUCAACUGGUCGUCGUAGUCCUCUUCUGGAGGAGGUGGUCCUGUCUGCCAUGGUCCCUGUCAUCAGUACUUCUUGCUCCAGGCUGCAGCCCACUUUGGCGGAAAAGACAGCGUCGAGGGCUGUGUCUCUCUUCCUGCAUGGUGAUGUUUCUUUUUUGCCUGACAACUCCUUCCCUUCACACAUCCAGCUGCUCAAGAAGCAGAAGGGGGACUCAUGGAGCCAGUCCCAGAUGGUUUGUCUGCUAAUGGGAUGUGUGUGUUCAUUACCUCGCAGCGUGGAGGUGCCUCAGAUGGAUCAGCUGCUGUCGCAGCUGGAGGAGCUGAGUUGCACCUGCAGCCACCCGCCGUCGUACACCUCGGCUGCAAAGUGCUUUGCCGGCCUGGUUAAUAAGAGGGCACAGGGUGAUUCUCUGGACAGCCUCAUUCAGAGCACGAUGAAGAGAGUGUGUAGUGAGCUGGACUCUGAGUCUUCGUCUGUACACACUCAGGCUUUCACCCUCAUGAUCUGGGUUGCCAAGGCUCUGCUUCUCAGAUACCACCCUCUGUCCACGGCACUGAUUGACAAGCUUUUCUCUCUGCUCGAUGAUGCCGACCUUGGUCCGAUGGCAGCAGACGGCUUCUCGCUGCUGAUGAGUGACUCUGCCGACGUCCUGAACCGCAGUUGUCACGCAGACGUACGCAUCAUGUACCGCCAGCGCUUCUUCAGCGAGAAUUCAGCCAAGUUGGUCCAGGGCUUCAACGCUGCACCCCAAGAGAAAAAGCCCAACUACCUGAAGGCUCUGUCUAACAUCGUCAACAAACUGCCCAAACAGGUUCAAGUCACUGAGCUACCAGCGCUUCUGUCUCUGCUGUUGGAGGCCCUGUCAUGUCCCGACCUGGGCGUCCAGCUGUCCACCUUGUCCUGCCUGGAGCCCGUCCUCGUCAACCCACCAGCAGCACUCAUACAGCAGCUAGAGGCUUUGGUCAGCAGGCUGCUGGCCCUCACAUCUAGUCGAGCCAUGAACGUAAGAAUCGCUUCACUGCGGUGCAUCCAUGCUGUUUCCCACUUCCCCGUACAUGAGGUGUUGCCGUUUCGGGCCCGAGUGCUGCGAGCUCUGGCCCGCCCCCUGGACGACAAGAAGAGGCUGGUGAGGGGCGAGGCGGUUCAGGCCAGAUCAGAGUGGUUCCUGUUGGGAAGUCCUGGGGGAAGGUGAUUUUGUACCUCAAGUCUCCCCUCUUCCCUGAACUUGAAUAAUACAGAUUUUGGGAAAGUCAAACUCCAAGACCAGGUACCGAGAAUCACAGCUGUGGAGUCCAAACACCAGCUCCCUCUCCUCGGUCGCCUCCCCUUUUAAUAUUACUGAAAUGUUUUUGUUAUAACUGUCUGUAUCUUCAUGAACGCACAAAUAAGAGCAUAUGGACUGACUGCGGAGAGUUGUCUAAGUUAAAAGAAUGAAAAUGAUCAGUUUAAAAUGUAACGCGCCUUGUCUAUGUUGCUGUCUGUUCUCUCUGCCUGUUGGGAGUAAAUGCAACAUCAGAUUGCAUGGAAGCAUUUUUGUUGAUAACUUGCAUCACAAGAGCUCAAAGUUUCAUCUUUUAGGUGUCCUACUCAGUCAGAUUAGCAACUAAAGUAACACCCAGAAUUCAUUUUGUGAUUGUAACGAAAUGAAGGACAGUAUUUUUGAAUAUUUCGGAUGGUUACUUUAUAAUCAUUAUAGUAUUAUCAUGUCAUGUUCUGGAACAAAAUAACAAUAAUUAAAAAAAAGAUACAUUUUUCAUCUAAUCUAAUCAAAGUUGUGUGGAUCUGGUGAGGAAGUUAAAAUUAAUUAGGGUCUAAAAUUCAAAAUGGCUCCUGAUGAAUGCACUUUGAAUGAGCCAACACCUACAUAUAAUUUCUUUUUUUUCUUUUUUUUUUUCAUGAGCAUUUUGAGAAUGUUUGGCGCCUUGAAAAAA